AUGUACUGGCCCGCCCUUAAACCCUCGCCGGCCAAGAACCCGUCGCCGCCGGCCAUGGCCUCCGCCCUCCCCGAUCCGGAGGAGAUCGACGACGGCUGGGUCGUGCUGCCCCCGGUCGCCGCCACCGCCACCGCGCCCAAAUCCAAAGGCAAGCCUCCCAGGCCACCACCGUCCAUCAGGUCUCCAUCGUCCGCACCAACAUCUGACGACGACGGAGCCUUCGACCCCACCCCCGACGACAUCGUCCGGCGGUACCUGCCCCUGCGCCGAUCGCUGCGCUGCGACGGCCUGCCCCGGCAGAUCCACGACGCCGACGUCUACGGCGCGCACCCGGGCUUCCUCGCCGCCGUGUACCCGGCGGCCAACGGCCGCCCCGAGUGGUUCUUCUUCGUGUGCCGGGCGCAGUGCCAGGGCGGCCGCCGCAGGGCCGGGCCCGGCGCGUACCGCCUCGGCAGCGAGGCCAGGCUGCUCGGCGGCACCGCCUACUGCCACGCCUUCCGCUACUACGAGGACGAGGCCGACGUCGGCUCCGCCUCGACCAAGGAGACCCAGUGGCGGAUGGACGAGUACGGCGACUGCCGCUCCUCCGCCAUAACCGCCGCCGCCGCCUUCGACAUGGUCAUCUGCAAGCUCUACCCGACGCGCGGCGGGACCAUCCAGCAGAGGCUCGGUGCCGGCAGCGCAAGUCUUCCUCCUGACGCGGACGCGAAUAAGCCGCAGCUGCUCGUCCGUCUCUACCUGGACGCCGUCAACCUGGGUGACCCGCGGCGGUGCCGGAUGUACGCAGUCUCCGACGUCUUCGCCGCGCACCCGGCGGUGCUCACGGCCACGUUCCCGGCGGCCAACGACCGGUGCGAGUGGUUCUUCGCCGUCCAGCAGCCCACGCGCGACGCCAACGAAGACGCGCGACCACGGAAGGCAGGGCCAGGGGCGUACGUGCCGAUGCGCGAGGGCCGCGCCGUGAACGGCAAGGGCGGGGACGUGGGCUACCGCCGCGUGUUCUUGUACAGGGAGGACGACGAGACGGCGAGGCGGGUGUCGCGGACGGAGUGGUGGAUGGAGGAGUACGGGUUCGGGCGGGACUUCCCGUCCGGCGAGCUGCCAGUGCUGGCCGAGCCGCGCGUGGGCGAAGAUGAAGAGCUGGUGGUGUACAAACUGUACAUAAAAAUGGUUGGUGACCAGCAGUAGUGUGCUUCCUUACUAACUGUUUCGCAGAAUCAAACAGAUUUGAUACUGCAUCUUUGCUUCUUAAAAUGUUUGGCUUCAUUUUGAAUGU